AUGGUCCUGCAGAGUGUCUGCAGCAUGAGCAUCCCUGCCAGCGUGAGUGCUGAGAGCCAGCUGCCGGCCUCCUGGAGCCCCAACUACAACUGCCCAGAUGUGUCUGUGGGGACAUCUGGCAACAUGAGUCAUCUGUGGUCACAAGAUCUUCAUCCACAGUUCUGGUCCAAAUAUCAGGUUUGGGAGUGGCUUCAGCAAACCUUGGAUGUGCACCAGAUUGACACCAUGUCCAUCCCCUUCAGUAACUUUGACCUAGAUGGAAGGCAGCUCUGUAGCAUGAGCUACCAGGACUUCACUCAUUUGGCUGGAUCAAUCGGGCCUAUCCUCUACAACAGCCUGUCUGAUCUCAAGUGGGGUGCCCAAUAUGGUUCCAUGACAGAUAUGUUUACACCAGGGGAUAUUAAAACAGAAUUAGAUGAUCUGCCAUGUUCAGUCUUAUCAUUUAAAGAGGAACCUAGCUUCUAUACUAAUUCAGAGAAUUUCGGCAUUAACAGUCCAUUUCAGCCCUCUAUUAUGAUGACCUCGCCAAAUACUUGCAGUCCAGACCCCAAAAAAUCCCACAACCGCUCACACCAAGUGAAAAAACACAACCCUCGUGGUACUCAUCUGUGGGAGUUUAUCCGAGAUAUUUUGCUGAACCCAGAUAGAAACCCAGGCCUGAUUAAAUGGGAGAACAGAUCUGAGGGUGUAUUCCGUUUUCUUAAGUCUGAAGCCGUAGCACAACUGUGGGGCAAAAAGAAGAACAACAGCAGCAUGACUUAUGAGAAGCUCAGUCGAGCAAUGAGGUAUUACUACAAACGGGAGAUUUUAGAGCGAGUGGAUGGAAGAAGGCUGGUUUACAAGUUUGGAAGAAAUGCUCGUGGUUGGAAAGAAACUGAGAAGUGA